AAGCCAAAAAAAAUCGCCCACCUCUUCCUAGAGAGAGAAAGGUAGGCGGGGAGAAAGAGGAGAGAGAAAGCUUUUCCCGAAAUGGGAAACAAGAGGCAGCCAGUAGAGAAGAAGAGGAAGAAGAAAGGACGCCCUUCUCUUUUGGAUCUCCAGAAGCGCAACCUCCGCCUUCAAAAGCAGCAAGAAGAGCACCAAAACCCGAUCGCUCGAAACCCUAAUUCUAAUUCCAGCCCUAACUCUAACCCUAACCUCAAAUUCGCCACUCGUCGGAGCACUAGACGAAACCCUAACCCUAACCAUAACCCCAGCGAUGAUGAUGAUGAUGGGGACGAACGCAAGCAGAAGAAGCUCAAGCUCGUGGUGCGGAUCCCUAACGGGUCGGAUUUGGUUGAAUCGGGAUCCGAUUCCGAGGGAUCGCGAAAGAGGAGGAAGAUCGAAGCAGUUGAGCAGACAGCAAGACAAAUUUCCAACUUGAAAGCGACGGACGAAACUCCUCCAGGAGAUGCAUCAGAUUCGGGGCCCACAACUCCUCUUCCUGACAAAAAAUUGUUGGUGUUCAUCCUCGACAGGCUACAGAAGAAAGAUACUUAUGGCGUGUUCUCGGAGCCAGUGGAUCCCGAAGAGUUACCUGAUUACCAUGAUAUUAUUGAGAAUCCCAUGGAUUUUGGAACUGUUCGGAAAAAGCUGGAGAGCGGUGCUUAUGAAAACUUGGAGCAAUUUGAGAGCGAUGUCUUCUUAAUAAGCUCAAAUGCUAUGCGCUAUAAUUCAUCUGAUACAAUUUACUUUCGGCAGGCAAGGUCCAUACAAGAACUCGCAAAAAAGGACUUUGAAAAUUUAAGGCAAGAAAGUGAUGAUAAUGAAGAGGAACCAAAGGCUGUACGGAGGGGUAGGCCUCCAAUUAAGGAUGUUAUGAAGCGAAUUGGCAGACCACCAGCUGAUCGCAGUGGUACUGAUUUCUCCUGUGAGGCAACACUUGCUAAUGCUAGAGAGAAUAUUCACAAGUCAAAUUCGGUACGUGAUGCAUCGGGGAAAGGAUCAUCACCCUUUGACAAGUCCAGCAUGGGGAAUGUGCAGCAAAGAUCAGAGAGAAAUGGAGAAUAUUCAGGUUCCCUGCUGAAAGGAAUUCCAGUGAGAGAUUGGAAGAAAUUUUCAGUUAUAGAUGAAAACCGCCGAAAUACAUACACUCAGCCUGUUCAGUCUACUUCUGUUCAAGAACCUUCAUUUUUAACGGCCUUCGAGGGGGGAAGGAAGCUUUUGAUGCCAGUUGGGGUUUACAUGGAGGAGGCAUAUGCCAGAAGUUUGGCUCGGUUUGCUGCAAACCUUGGUCCUAUUGGUUGGCAAAUUGCUUCCAAGCGAAUCGAAAGAGUACUUCCUCCAGGGACAAAGUUCGGUCCUGGGUGGAUUGGGGAAAAUGACACAGCAAAAAAAUUUCAGCCCCCAGUGCUAUCAUCAUCAUCUCAAGCAAAACCCAUAAACAAAAGUGGAUCAGGAUCAAAUGUCUCAGCUUCGGCAGCACCAUCUACGAGUAGUAGACCUGUUGACUCUGUGCAGUAUGGAGGUGAAUUUCAGCCCAGGAGUCCCUUGCAAACUUGUGAGAACUUGGCAACGAAGUGUAACACAUCAAAUGGUUUUAAUCCUGGGUAUGGAUUAAAUCUUCCAUCUAAAGCAGUGAAGAUCAACAAUUUUGUGACGGCUGGAAAUUCAAAUGCAACAGACCCUAACCCUAGUUCUGAAGGGCUAUGGAGAGGUUUGACACACAAUUCAAAACCUAGCUCAGUUCCGCCGGACUUGAAUUCUGAUUUCCAUUCUCCUGGAUCACCGGUCUCAGGCGGGCUUGUUGAUUCAAAGAAUCAGCAGCAGCAGCAGCGAAAACCGCCACAGCCGCAUUUGGCAUUGCAGCUGUAGCAUAUUUUUGUGUUUUUUUGUGGGAAAUGUAUCCUUAAUUUGGUUGAGAUGCAGGAAUUGCAUCCGAUGUGAUUCAUAGAGGGAGAGGGAGGGGUUUGUACAGUCUAAUUGAUGUUGUUGAAUUAGGCAGUUUCCAGCAGAAUCAUAAGGGGGGAAAGUUCAUCUAUAUAACUAGCCUGAGUCGGUUGAGCACAAAUCACAGUCUCUCAUCUUUUGUACC